AUGUCCUUUCCCCCUUCCUACGGUAACGACCAGUACGCAGACAUUUAUGGCGCAGGGAGUCCAUCAACACCGAAUCAGCAGCAGCCUCCAGGCGCGUAUCCUCAGUGGGAGACCCUGGAGAGCACACAGGCCCAGGCGCAUGAAAUGCACUCGUUACAAUCAUCGCAUCAUUCAACGCCUAUGCACACCCCAAUCGCCACCUCAUUUCCGUCCGUUGAACUAGAGGAGCCCCCAUAUCUCGUUCCAAGCCAGUCUCACUUAAGCCAGACAGGUUCGCCUAUGAGUGACGCGCCUGUUUUGCUCCAUCAUCCACAUACUGCGCAAUUACAAGCCCAACAAUAUUUACAACAGCAACCGCGAUACGACCUUGUCCAGCCCCAAGAGCAGCAGCAAUCCGUCUACGGUCAAGUACAUCAUAUGGGCCCUCCUGAUUCAUCGACGCUUUUUCGUGCACCGCAGCAGCCCUCGGGUGUCCAUCGGUCGAUCCCCAGCAGUCGGGGACGUGCCGCAGAAUCGCAUCCCUAUUAUAGGAGAGCAUCUGGAGGUGCAGUGCCGAGCUAUCAAAGUCACGACUCUCGUGGUGGGUCUGUCGAAUCACCAUUGACACCGGUGGUGGUGUCGCCUGUGCCAUCUACUAGCGGGGUAGGCGUUAGUACUCCUCUCCCUUCAGUAACCCCUUCACUUCCUCCCCCUGUACCCCCACAACCCCCUUCACCUCCAGCUAAGGUCACCACAAGACGAACUCGUAGCGCGGCAAAACCUAAAACAAGCGUCAGGUUUGAAGCCGGCACCAAGACAACGUCAGGCCCAGCGCCCAGUACUUCUCGGGUGCCAGUAACGCGCAGUAGCACUCCAGGUCCUGCUUCACCGGUUUCGUCUGCACGAUCGACAACUCCUAUCCCACGCUCUUCCACUCGUAGAGGGACUUCUCUGGCCAGGACUCCACCGCCGAGUCAAACUGGGACAACUUCUACAAGCGCCGCGGCGUCGUCAGUUUCGGGCCCGGGCAAAGCAUCAAAGGCAACACGUUCCACCCUUCAUCAAACAUCGUCAUCGUCGACCUCUACAUCUUCGACCUCGCUACCUAAACCGUCGAGCGCGGAGUCUUCCUCGAUUCCUCCACCCACUGCUUCUACACAAGCACCUUCUUCCGCGCUUUUCCACGCCUAUGCAUCAAAAUAUCUUCAUGCCGCCCCAGUUUCAACUAUACGCGCAGAUAUAGAGUACUCCAUGCGCACCCAUAUCAUGACGGCCUCUAUGGAGAUUCCAGGAGUAAAGGCCGAACAUAUACAUAUUAGACUGGGGACAAGUUACCAUACACGCACGAAGAAUGUUGUAAUCCUGGCUCUUUGCUUACCCGCUUUCAGCGACGAUGCCGAUGGAGACGAGGCAGGUGGACGACACAAAAUGCAUGGAACGACUCUCCCUUCGACCGUCCUCAGGCCCACCGAUAACUUGGACGUGCAAAUGCGAAAGGAAGAAGAAGAGGAAGAAGAAGAGGAAGGCGAAUCUUUACCGACGGCCGAUUCAGCCAUGCAUCCACCAACCGCGGGGGGUCACGGUGUUCAAUCAGCUCCUGCGGCGUCUCUGCCGUCGACUUCGUCUUCCGAACCAAAAUCGAUAGCAGACGCGCUAUGGGAGAUCCAUGGGCCAUACAGACCGGGUCAGGCUAUGAGGCGCCUUACGGGUACUGACGUAGGCUUCAUUGGCAGGGUCGCAAACCCGAACGUUCGUGAACGCCAUUAUGGGGCCAUGAGACGCGUACUACGCGUUCCUUCGAAUACAGAGUUAACUCGGCUAAUGAACAUUUUUCCUUCUCUCGGUGUAUUUCGCUUCAACGAUCACUUCAAUGCGACCAACCAAUCAAUAUUCACGUGGAACGACGCAAACCCUGGCAUUACUCUCGAUCUUGCCUCUCCUCCAACGACAUGGUUUUGA